AAAUCUCAGGUGCCCACGUGAUCACUAUGCUCUAACCCGGAAGUACUGUGAAUGGCUUUCACUUGUGUUGUUUUGAGACUUUCCUACAGUAAGAUCACAUGAAGUUUUCUGCAGUGAUGUGUUGAAUUAGAUGGACUCAUCAGAGGAGAAUGACGCUGACCUGCAGUCUCAGAUAGAGGAGAUUGAAGCUCUUUCCUCCAUCUAUGGUGAUGAAUGGUGUGUGAUUGAUGAAGCUUCGAGAGUUUUCUGCAUCAGAAUAUCAGAUGACACCCAUCAGCCCAAAUGGACGGUCUGUUUACAGAUCAUACUUCCUCCGGAUUAUCCGAGCUCAGCACCUCCAAUAUAUCAAAUCAACGCUGCCUGGCUCCGGGGACGAGACCGAAUGACUCUGUCCAACAGUUUAGAGGAGCUGUAUGUGGAGAACACUGGGGAGAGUAUCCUGUACCUCUGGGUGGAGAAAAUAAGGGAAUUCCUCAUGGAAAAAUCACAAAGUGCAGAAGGACCAGAAACGGGCAAGACAAUGACGACAGAGGAAGAAGGUCACGACUACGACGAGGACGAUCUUCCAGACUACAGCGUGCUCAAACUCGCCAACCAGUCAGCUCAGCUCUUCUCCGACGCUUCAGAUGAUGAAGAGCUGCCACCGAUUAAACACGGAGAGACAAUCACGGAUAGACGGAGCACGUUCCAGCCUCAUUUAGCCCCAGUGGUGACUCCGAAACAGGUUCAGAGGGUUCUGAAUAAUUUAUACGAAAACAAGAAGAUUGCAAGUGCCACUCACAAUAUCUAUGCAUACAGGAUCUACUUUGAGGAUAAAAACUCUUUCCUGCAGGACUGUGAGGAUGAUGGGGAAACCGCUGCGGGUGGCCGAUUGCUGCAUCUUUUGCAGAUCCUGGAUGUGCGUAACGUGCUGGUGGUGGUCUCUCGAUGGUACGGUGGGAUUCUGCUGGGCCCCGACCGCUUCAAACACAUCAACAACUGCGCCAGGAACAUCCUCAUUCAAGAGGGCUACACGGACACUUCAGAGGAAACAUCCAAAGCUGGAGGGAAGAACAAAAGAUCCAAGGGCAAGAAGGCAAAGUGAAAAGAAUAACAUCUACAUUGAACAUACGAGGACUGGCAACUGACUAAUAAAGUACAUGGAAAAUUCCUAUAAUGGUGAUGUGUACGGGUUAAACAACAGCUAAAAUGGUUUGUGUAUGCAACUGAGUUUACACAUUAUCUCACACUAAGUGCUCUGUGCUUUGUCUUAUAAAUAAAGAUUUUUAUGAAUCACAAA